GAGCUAAUCUCGGCUCGGCCCGGCCUCGGCGCCGCCUGCACCGGCAGCACGGCGCUCCGCUGUCCGGCCCGGCCCGCUGGGGCCGCUGUCGCCAUGGCGAUAAGCCCCGCAGCCAACCGCGCGCCGCUUCCGCUGACGUCUGCCGCGACACGUGGAUCCAAGAUGGCGGCGUCGGCGGUGAUGGAAAGGCCGAGGUAUGUGCUGGUCUUGCUGUUGUUGCUGCACAGUACAGACUCGUUCUACGUACCUGGUGUGGCUCCAAUCAACUUCCACCACAAUGAUCCUGUAGAAAUAAAGGCUGUGAAGCUCACCAGCUCACGGACGCAGCUGCCGUACGAGUACUACUCACUGCCCUUCUGCCAGCCCACCAAGAUCACGUACAAGGCUGAGAAUCUUGGUGAGGUUCUUCGGGGGGACAGAAUUGUAAAUACACCUUUCCAGGUUUCCAUGAACAUGGAGAAGAAAUGUGAAGUUCUGUGCAACCUUCCCAACAAGCCGGUCACGCUGACGGUGGAGCAGAGCAAGCUGAUCGCCGAGCGCAUCCGGGAAGAUUACUACGUCCAUCUCAUUGCUGAUAACCUCCCUGUGGCAACACGCCUGGAGUUUUAUUCCAAUCGUGAGGAAGAGGAGAAGAAGAAGGAGAAAGAUGUGCAGUUCGAGCAUGGCUACAGGCUUGGGUUUAUGGACGGUAACAAGUUCUACCUGCACAACCACCUCUCCUUCAUCCUUUACUACCACAGAGAGGAUGUGGAAGAGAGCCAGGAGCCAACCUACAGAGUUGUGCGCUUUGAAGUGAUUCCUCAAAGUAUUAAACUUGAAGACUUGAAGGCUGAUGAGAAGAGUAUGUGCACCCUGCCCGAAGCCACGGGCUCUGCCCCUCAGGAAAUAGAUCCUUCUAAAGAGAACCAGCUGCUCUUCACCUACUCCGUGCACUGGGAGGAAAGUGACAUUAAAUGGGCUUCUCGCUGGGACACCUACUUGACCAUGAGUGAUGUGCAGAUCCAUUGGUUUUCAAUCAUUAACUCGGUCGUGGUUGUCUUCUUCCUUUCAGGUAUUCUCAGCAUGAUCAUCAUCCGGACUCUCCGGAAGGACAUUGCCAACUACAACAAGGAAGAUGACAUUGAAGAUACUAUGGAGGAAUCUGGUUGGAAACUUGUGCAUGGAGAUGUCUUCAGGCCUCCGCAGUAUCCUAUGAUCCUCAGCUCUCUCCUGGGUUCUGGAAUUCAGCUCUUCUGUAUGAUCCUGAUCGUCAUCUUUGUCGCUAUGCUGGGGAUGCUGUCGCCUUCCAGCCGGGGUGCGCUGAUGACGACCGCCUGCUUCCUCUUCAUGUUCAUGGGGGUUUUUGGUGGAUUCUUUGCUGGCCGCUUGUACCGGACUCUGAAAGGACAUCGAUGGAAGAAGGGAGCCUUUUGUACAGCUACCCUGUAUCCUGGUGUCGUCUUUGGGAUCUGCUUUGUCCUGAACUGUUUCAUCUGGGGGAAACACUCCUCCGGAGCGGUGCCUUUUCCUACCAUGGUGGCCUUGCUCUGCAUGUGGUUUGGGAUCUCCCUGCCCUUGGUCUACCUGGGUUACUACUUUGGAUUUCGCAAGCAGCCGUAUGACAAUCCUGUGCGGACAAAUCAGAUCCCCCGGCAGAUUCCGGAGCAGAGGUGGUACAUGAACAAAUUUGUUGGGAUUCUCAUGGCUGGUAUUCUGCCUUUUGGAGCGAUGUUCAUUGAACUGUUCUUCAUUUUCAGUGCAAUCUGGGAGAACCAGUUCUAUUACCUUUUCGGUUUUCUCUUCCUGGUGUUUAUAAUCCUGGUGGUAUCGUGCUCCCAAAUCAGCAUUGUCAUGGUGUACUUCCAGCUCUGUGCUGAGGAUUACCGCUGGUGGUGGAGAACCUUCCUGGUGUCUGGAGGAUCUGCCUUCUACGUGCUCAUCUAUGCCAUCUUCUACUUUGUGAACAAGCUGGAUAUUGUUGAGUUCAUUCCCUCCUUACUAUACUUCGGCUACACCGCCCUUAUGGUCUUGUCCUUCUGGCUCCUCACUGGCACCAUUGGCUUCUAUGCAGCCUACAUGUUUGUCCGGAAAAUCUAUGCCGCAGUGAAAAUAGACUGAGGAUGCACAGAGCCAGCAGAAAUAGACACCUCUGAAUGCGUGUCCUCCCGGGAGCAACGGGGACGGCUUCUCCAGCUCUUUUGAGGAAACAAAAUCAUGGGAGAACGACAAGAGAAAUAAAUAACUCCUUGUUUUGGAAUGUAACUUUGGCACAGUGUACAUGGAUUCUGGGCUACUUCUGGGGGGAAAAGGGGUCUGUAGAUACCUUACGUUUUAACUUUAUUAUCCUGUUCCAUAUUUGAGGGAGUUUUUUAGCAGAGAAAUGUCCCUCUGUAUAAGUAAAGCCCCUUUUUGCUAAUUCAUCCUUUUUUUUUUUCAUGUUGAUGAUGAAUGGAUUUGAGAGCACAGUGGAAAUGCUUGUGAAAAUGUUUUCUUCCAGCCCCAAGGGUGCUCUGGGAUUCAGGGAGACUCUUCAGACAAAUAUCAGACUGGGUUUACUUUCCUGCCUUCAUGUCUGCACAGAAGAAGGAGCUUGACUAUGGCAAAAGGAACCUGAGCGCUCGCCCAGCGGGAUCUCUGCCCGCAGGAGUCCUGGCUUUGGCUUGUUUACACAUUGCUGGAGGUGCCAUUCGGAGCCUGCGACAUGCAGUUCACCCUGAGAGAGCCUGAGAACCGCAGCCCUCAGCCUCGCGUCUCCCUCCCUCCGGCCUCGGACAGCGCGGGCUGCAGGCGGGUGGGAUUUCCCCUUUCGGAAGGUGCAGCGGGAUGUCACGUUCUGGUGGAAGCGGCGUGAUUGUGCUGGAAUAUACGACUGGAAGGAUGCGCGAGGUAACUCGGAGCGUUUGUUCUGCCGAUAGCUCUGCUCCCGCCGGGAUGGCGCAGAGCCCUGCGCCGGGAAGGCUGCGGUGCUGCGGCCUCGGUGCUGAGCGACCUGCUGGUGUCGGGGCUGAGCUCCUCGAGGGGUGUGGGGGGGCUGGGCAGAGCUGGCGGCCCCAGGGUUCUCCGACUGCUUGUGCUGCUCUGCUCCUCUCAGAUGUCUCUACCUCCAGGAAACAGGAGCGUGCACCCCAGAGCUGUGUUUUGUUCUCUGCAGAACGGUCCAAGCCCUCAGGGAAGCUGAUGUGGGCUCCUCCGCAGUGGGCUCUGCUUUUUCUGUGGCUUGCUGCCUGAAUCAGCCCAUGGGAAGCUCUUUUUUUAAAGAGGUUAAAGUUUUUUAUUUCAAUUAUGUUUACCAGUGAGAAGGCUCCACAGCAAAGGCUCCUUCCAUCCCCAGACCAGCUGCAUUCAGUCAGGGCUGCAGGGGAGAGGUGUUUUUUUUGUGAGAUCUGUAAAAACUUCUAUUUUUUUGCAAGCAGCAAGGUCUCCAAAUGAGCAGCUGCCACAGGUCCCAACCCAGAGCCCUCCCUGGCACCAGCACUGACGUGGGCUUUGGGCCUUUAACCCCAGUUGCCAUGACAGUUUCCACCAGGUCCACAUGAGGACCCGUCUCUUCCCGUGGCCGUGUUCCCCACGGCGUCCUGCCCUCCCCAUGUGGCAGCUCCUGCAACCGCCCCAAUGCCAAAUCUCACCAGGCAGGAGUCGGGGCUGGACAGAGGGAGCAGGGGGUGCAUGGAGUCCUGCCUCGGUUCUGCUUUGAGAUCCCGCUCGGAGAUUUUGGUUGUGUUUUUUGUUUUGUUUUGUUUUCAGUUUUUCUUGCCCCACCCCAGUGGAGAGGCUCAGCCAGCAUUGAUUUCUCUCCCUUCCCCAAAGGGUUUUCUCUGUAUUCUUUGUAAUUUUUAAUUAAUGUAUGUAUUCUUUGUGUCCUAUUGUAAAUAAAUCUGCCAUUGUCCUGUU